UGCAAUUGGUUCUUUGGACACGUCUCCUAGCGUGAGAGUAACUCCAUCGAGCGUCUUGUCGUGCAGGGCAAGGUGGAGGACACCAGAGGGCGAGGAAGGUCGCCCAUGCGAUGGACCGACCGAGUUAAGUCUGCUGUGGGUGGUCCCUAGCACGAGUGUAUUAAGCUGUCGGCCAACAGGGAGAAGUGGCAAAUGCUCGUGAGGCGUAUACCAUCUGCCCUCAAAGACGUGGUGUGAUGACCACGACCGCUUUGCCAAGAGUGAUUGUGUUUGUGCCAAACAUACAAUGUGGGUGCCCAACUUGCCGGUCGCCAUUCUCACCGGCAUCACUGCGGGGGCGGGAGCCUUAUGCCUUUUUAAGGACGUAUACGGCGGAGUGGCCUUCGAUAAGAACGUGUCUGCCGAGGGCAAAACUGUCAUAGUGACGGGCGCCACCAGCGGGAUUGGCAAGGAAGCGGUCUGGGAGUUUGCUAAGCGCGGUGCCAAGGUUUUCAUGGCAUGCCGUGACAUGACGAAGUGCGAGGAGGCGCGCCGCGACGUAGUGCUGGGCACCAACAACAAGUACGUGUACUGCCGCCCCUGCGACCUCGCCAGCGCCACGUCCAUACGGGAAUUCGUUGCUAGGUUUAAAUCAGAGGAGCCCUAUGUAAACAUUCUAGUGAACAACGCGGGGGUGAUGGAGCCCCCACAGGGCGUCACGAAGGAGGGCUUCGAGACGACGCUGGGCACCAAUCACUUUGGACACUUUCUUCUUACUGAGCUACUAUUAGAUACAUUAAAGAAAUCAACCCCAAGUCGAGUUAUAAUAGUGACGUGCAGCGCGCACCAGAAAGGCAAAAUUCACAAGGAGGAUUUGAACAUGAGCCACAAGUACGACCCCGUAGCUGCGUAUAACCAGAGCAAGCUCGCUAAUGUUUUGUUUGCGAGGGAACUCGGCAGAAGAAUGUUGGAUUGCGACGUGGCGGUGACGGCCGUGGACCCGGGCUUCACGGACACGGAGCUGACUCGCCACAUGGCCAUGAUGAAGAGCGUGACGCGCUUCGUGGUGUACCCGCUGUUCUGGCCCGUCAUGAAGAAGGCCCGCACCGGCGCGCAGACCGUACUGCACGCGGCGCUGCAGCCCGAGCUACAGAACAGCAAGGGGGAUUACUAUGUAGACAUGAAAAAAACCACUCCUUCGGAGUUGGCUCAAGACUACGAGUUGGCGCAAUGGCUCUGGCGGGUGAGCGAGAAGUGGACCAAGGUUGACGAACACAAGGCAUUGUUGGCCAAACCGUUAGCCGCUUGAUGUGAAAACCAAAGACAAUAAUGACCUAGAUAACAGUGUGACAAAAUAUCUAAGUAAUAUUGUACCAUGAAGAAUGCUAUACAUAUAGUCGGCGCGGAACAUCCAGCGUAGAAGCACUACCAAUAUUAUAAAUGCGAAAGUGUUCGUGAUUAUGUGAAAGCAAUAAGAAAUAUUCAACAGUGUUGCAAAAGUUUUAGGGAUAUCAGAAAGGCCACUUCACAAGAUUCUGUGGAUUCAUUGUUUCGUUAAGAAAAGACUGCUUGUAGUGAGUGUUUGUUGACUAAUUAAUUAUUUGCAUUUAUCUUUUAAAUGUAUAGAAAUUGUUAAUACUUAAUAUUAAUAAAUAGGAAUAUAAUUUAA